AUGGCAUCAUCUUGGUUUGCCAUGGCCGUCUCCCGCCUUUUGUGUUCGGUGUAUGCAGCUUCAUUCUGCCGCGAUCCUUCAACUUACAAUUUCCCGCCCCUUCUAGACGUAACUCUAGAUGAUCUACGCCAAGGGCUCGACAGCGGCCUCUUCACUAGCGUUGACUCGGUGAAUGCCUACGUUGCUCGCAUUGAUGAGGUGAACGAUGACCUCCAUGCCGUCGCCGAAAUCAACCCUGAUGCAGUCUCCAUCGCUGCUUCUCUAGACCAAGCUCGGGCGCAAGGCGGACCUCUUCUUGGACCUCUGCACGGCCUCCCAGUGCUGCUGAAGGACAACAUUGCCACCAACGACAAGAUGAAUAACACUGCUGGCUCUUUCGCGCUCGUCGGCGCAAGAGUCGGCGAAGACAGCACCGUAGCGGACAAGCUCCGCAGAGCCGGUGCGGUCAUUCUUGGCAAGGCCACCAUGGCUCAAUGGGCGACUUGCCGGGGUACUAACUCCAGCGCUGGAUGGUCUGCUCGAGGGGGCCAGCCGAUCGGGGCGUACCAUCCAAACCAAGACCCGCUGGAGUCCUCCUCAGGAAGUGGUAUCGCAUCUUCAAUCGGUCUCGCGUGGGCUUCACUUGGAACGGAGACUCUGGGAUCGAUUACUAUGCCCUGCGAUGUCUCCAAUCUUGUGGGGAUCAAACCCACCCUCGGUCUCGUCUCACGGCACCUCGUCAUACCCAUUACUGAGCACCAGGACGUAGUCGGGCCAGAUCCUCGAGACAACUACACUUCCGCCAUACCGUUCACAGAGACGCCAGACUAUGCUGCGGCUUGUGUCGACUCAGGUCUCCAGGGGAAACGAAUUGGUAUUCCGAGGCACCUGUUCAAAGACACCCCUUUACCAAACACCAACUACUCCAUCUCAGUCUUCAACUCGGCAGUAGACAUUCUGAGAUCUGCCGGAGCUGAAAUUGUUGACGACGUAUGGCUUCCCGUGGGUGACCAUGUUACACGUCUGCUCAAUCUGUCCAGCCAGGUUAUGGGCGCAGACUUCCUCGUAAACCUCGAGGAAUACUUUGCGAAGCUCACAUACAACCCUUACAACAUCACCACGGUCGCCGAACUUCGAAACUGGACGCAAGACGAUCCACGUGAAGGCUAUCCGGAACACAAUACUGAAGUCUGGGAUAUAGAACUUGUCAGAGGCGUUCGCAACACCGAUCCCCUCUUCUGGGAGCUUUACACCGAGAGACAGUAUCUUGCUGGUCCACUGGGGUACGCAGGGGCUUUGAAGAACCACUCGCUGGACGCUCUGGUACUUCCAACGAGAUAUAUCCUUGGUCCCGCCGCGCUUCUGGGCACGCCCGUCAUAGCUGUUCCUUUCGGCCGGCACCCAGAUGACACACCGAUUGUGAAAGAUGACUUCGGCAAUCUUGAUGUCUUGGCACCGAACUUGCCUUUUGGUAUCGGUUUUGCUGGAGCAGCGUUCAGUGAGGAGAAGUUGAUAAGCAUAGCGUAUGCUUUCGAGCAGAAGACUAAAGCUCGAACUGCGAUCAAGCCAUACAUCCAGCCAAAGACUGAGUUAGGGGAUAUUGUACAAUCAAGGGAAUGGCGAACGAAUCGGCUGGAUCUGGUGUAG